CAGGUGUCCUGUGGGCAGGCCUGACACUGACUAUAAAGUCCACUGCGAGCGGCAGUUCAUUGACACCUUCCUCAGAUUUACCUGACGUACAGGUAGCACUGCAAACACAUUGGCUUGCUCCUUGUUACAACUGCGUCCACAUCCUGACCGUUGGUUGAGCAGCAUGGCGUUAAGGAUGCUUGCCUUGGGAGCCGCCGUGCUACUUUUUUUCCAGAGUCCAACACUCGCUUUUAUAACAACGAGACCGUCAGAUGCCCCUUUCCCGUCUACAAUACAAAAGACAUCAGUGUGCAACAAUGAUUUCUAUCUAUCUGCUGUUCCCGGGCAAGUUGGCUUCCUGACGUCUCCUAACUACCCGUCUGAUUAUUACAACAACUCCGACUGUCGGAUGGUGAUAGACGCUGGCAGUGGUUAUGUUGUGAAGGUGACUGUCAUUGAUGUCAGUCUGGAGAAAUGUUGUGAUUACUUGGAGUUAUAUGAUGGCUACCGGGAUGGGAGCACACCGCCCAUUGCCAAGAUCUUCUCCAUGCCAUCGGACUCCGUCUUCUACAGCAGUGAUCAGUACAUGGACAUCAUCUUUCACAGCGACGAGUCCGACACCUUUUCUGGAUUCUGGCUGGCAUACGAGGCGGUUGACACGGAGUCGGAGGCAUCUGAACCAACACCACCUACUUCUGAUGCAACACCAGUGUGCUCUGCCGAUGUUUCACUUCUCUUUGCUGUACCCGGGCAAGAUGGUUACCUGUCGUCUCCUAACUAUCCGAGACCCUAUUAUAAGUAA